ACAGAGCGACACAACUCCUGUUCCCGGCUCGUUUUCGUCAUUCCCAUGUUCCCGUAUUCCCAUCUCCAUUCCCAUUCCCGUCACACGAGUUAGCGGCGCAGAGCGCACACCGCACAGCUGCAUCCGAUCCUUUUUUCGUUGUUGUUUUGGUGGCGUGCUCUUGGCAGUAACGUGAGCACCGCACAUAACCCCUUUUUUUGUCGGUUGGCAACGACGCCCCUGCAGCCAGAAAGCAGAGGCAGAGGCAGAAGCAGAAACAGAAGAAGAAGCAGCAGCACGGCACGGCACAGCACAGCACAGCGCGAAGCGAAGCAAGGCAGAGGCAACACAGAAAAACAGCAAAAGCAAAGCAGUGGAGUAGUUGUUUGGAUGUGGACGGAAAGGAAGACUGGCGGCGACUAACUAAAAGCAGUACAUUGACAGGAGCAGCUCGGAACGGACAGGAUAAGCAGGAUAAAGGUGAAGCGGCCGAUAAAGAGCAGCCAGCGAUAGAUUGAUUCGACUUGGCAUAUAUAUAUAUAGCACACACCAGUAUAUAUAUAUAGCCAGCCAGCCGGGCAGCCAACUUGCGGAGCAGCCAACAUCCUGGUCCCCAAGACAACCAAGAUAAGCAAGAUACGGAGCUAGCCAAGCGACCCACCAAUCCACCAACCAUUUGCCGGCGACAACGACACAUCCGCGUCCGCAAAAGAUGUCCAACGGCAAGGCGACGGUGUCGUUCUUCGAGAACGGGAGCACCAAACAGUUCGAAUACUGCUACCAGCUGUAUCCGCAGGUCCUCAAGCUGAAGGCCGAGAAGCGCUGCAAGAAGCCGCAGGAGCUGAUCCGCCUGGACCAGUGGUAUCAGAACGAGCUGCCCAAAUUGAUUAGGGCGCGCGGCAAGGACGCGCACAUGGUGUACGACGAGCUCGUCCAGUCGAUGAAGUGGAAGCAGACGCGCGGCAAGUUCUAUCCGCAGCUCUCCUACCUGGUCAAGGUCAACACACCGCGCGCCGUCGUCCAGGAAACGAAGAAGGCCUUCCGCAAGCUGCCCAACCUGGAGCAGGCGAUCACAGCUUUAUCGAACCUCAAGGGCGUCGGCACCACAAUGGCCAGUGCCCUGCUGGCGGCCGCCGCCCCCGAUUCGGCACCAUUCAUGGCCGACGAGUGCCUGAUGGCCAUACCAGAGAUCGAGGGCAUCGAUUACACCACCAAGGAGUACCUCAACUUCGUCAAUCACAUCCAGGCCACCGUGGAGCGCCUCAACGCCGAGGUGGGCGGCGAUAAGCCGCACUGGUCGCCGCAUCGCGUGGAGCUGGCCCUCUGGUCGCACUAUGUGGCCAACGAUCUCAGUCCCGAGAUGCUCGACGACAUGCCGCCGCAGGGAUCCGGCGCAGCCGCCACCGGCACCGCCUCACUCAGCACAAACGGCAGCAGCAGCAAGGUGCUCGACGGCGACGACACCAACGACGGUGUGGCCGUCGAUCUGGAUGACGAGAGCCAGGGAGCAGGCGGUCGCAACACUGCUACAGAAUCGGAGACGGAGAACGAGAACACCAACCCGGCCGCCCUGACGCCUCUGCAGUCGGGCGAGGCCAAGAACAACAGUAACGCAGCUGCCGUUGGCGCCGCCCUGCAGGACGGUGACUCCAACUUUGUGUCGAACGAUUCCACCUCCCAGGAGCCAAUCAUCGACGACAACGAUGGCACCACACAGACGACGGCCACCACGUCCACGGAGGACGGCGAGCCCAUAGCCCUGGGCAUUGGCAUCGGCAUCGGCCUGGGUGGCACACCGCUCGCCUCGGACUCCGAAAGUAAUCAGGAGGCGCCGCCCAAGACCAACAGCCUGACCAUCCUGACUCCGACACAGCCCUCGACCCAGAAUCAGACACAGACACAGGCACAGGCGCCGAGCCAGCCCCACAAAGCUAGCAACCCGAUCACCAACAACGGCCAGGUGGCUCCGUCGCCAGCAGAGGAGGCGGUCACAGCAGCACCACAGCCAGCCAGCAAAACGACUGCACCGGCAGCAGUAGCACCAGCAGCAGCCAAUGGAAAUGGAAACGGUAACGGCGUCCUGGCCGACGAGGAGGAGGACGAGGUGGAGGACGAGGAGGAGGACGAGUUGGACGAGGAGGAUGAGAACGAGGCAGAGCUAGAGGCUGAAGAGAGCAAUAGCAGCAACGGCAUUGUGAGGGACAGUAAACUGCAGCAGCUGGCGGCGAGCAAGGCGGCCGAUGCUGUUUCGCCGGUGGCGUCAGCGGACGCAGAUUCAGCGCCGGCCAUCGGCCAGAAGCGUACGGCCCUGCACUGCGAGAUGGAGCUGACCAACGCCGGAGGAGUGGGUGCGGGUGUGGGGGAGAAGUCGCCGGAGCUCAAGAAACUGCGCAGCGAAUGAGGCGGAGGUGAGGAUACGAAGUACGGAUACGGAUGCGAAAACGGAUGCGGAUGCGGAAACGGAUGCGGAAACGGAAACGGGGAUCGGUUCGGUUCGGCUCGCCGCGUAUCUGGUGGAAAGACAUAUGUAUGUAGUGCAGUUGAGUCGACAUAGAGACAUAGAGCAACAUUACCUACACUUUACCACAACAACAUUCAAGAAAUUCUACUAUUAAGCAACUAAUUAUACAUACAUAUAAUAUAUUAUAUAUAUAUAUACAACAUAUAACGAGAAGCAAACACCGAACACACACUCCACUGUCAUACACAAAACACAACGCCACAACAACACACCACACACAAACCGACAUAACACAGCAUAACCGAUCAGAUCAGAGCGGAAUUCAAUGUCCCGAUCCAGAAGGCAGAACCACAAGCAACAUUUCAAUAGCAUAGGAAGUGCGCCCAGAUGAAGAAUCAGAAGAAUCCGAUCAAGAAUCCGAAGAACAAGCAGCAACAGCAGCAGAGCAAAGGAGCAGAAGAGAGUUCAGAAUGCAGCGUUAACGUAAUAUUAUAAUUGAAACGAAAAGCAAAUGCAUACAUAAAUAGUAACUAUAAAACAAGAUCAGAUGGAAAUCGAUAUUUUUACACAGUCAAAAGGAACAUUUAAGUAUAAAGAAAUUUACAAAUGCCGCAGUUGCCCACUACAUACAAAAACAAAACAAAAAGUAAAAAAAAAACAAAAACAAAAAACGAAAAACAAAAAAUGAUUAAGAUGGAAAAAACAAUAAUUAUAAUAAAACAGAAAAUAAUUUAUAUACAUAAGUAUUUAAAUUUAAUAAUAAAUCAAAACUUGUCGCAUAAACCAAGCUCCCACCACCACCACCACAUCCACCCCUCGACCUUCGACCCCGCAGCAACUCGCGCUCUCUCUCUCGCCUAACACACACGCCGCACACACUAUACCCACAUCUCCAGACACACACUCUCGGAAGAAGCAAAACAAAGCGAAACAAAACUCAUUUCAACACUAAGAAAUUUUUGUGGUCGUAAUUAUAAUAAUAUAAUUUAUAUUUUAUGUGUACAACUUUUUUUUUAACUUUACAUAUACUGAAUUUUUUAUAAUUUAUACGAUAAUCACUUUUCAUUUGAUUUCCAAGAACGAAACGGAAGCGAACAUAAGAAAACAGCAAACUGAUUGCACCCGGCGCAGGUUGGCCGAUCCCCGAGUCGUUUGGGUUGGCGCCAGCGGGGAUUCCCCGCUGUCCACGACCCAUCCGGCCCGCGGAUCGGUCAAAACUAUAAAAACACACAUCUCAAAAUUAUAAUCAUUUUUAUUAUUAGUAGCAUAAGUCCAAAUAAAAUGUGAAAUAUUAAGAGAACACUUCAUAAAACUGAAA